UAAUGGAAAGCAAUCCAAACUGCCGUCCACAGGUAAUAGAAUGCAGCGAGAGAUCAAAAACAUUAAACCGUGUUUAUCCUGUGGAAAGUUACAUCUACGAAGCACUUGCCGUUUUCGGGGUGCUAAGUGCCAUAAAUGUGGUAAAGUUGGACACAUCAAGACGGUUUGCAGAAGUUCGAAUACUUAUGUUGCUCAACAUUCUUAUAAUUCUCCCAAGCUGUCUAGCAAAAUGGAGUCAAUGUGUCUUUCAACCUUUCAAAAUACUCAAGCUAAUCCAAUGAAAACCUCCACUACAAGUUCGGCAACUCAAGUGUCAACUGUUUCCAAAAAUGAGGUAGCUGAGUUACAAUGUGAACUGUCGAAAACACGAAAAGACCUGAAUUAGAUGAGAGAGCAACUGAUUAAAAUUGAAGAAUUACUGCAUAUGCAUAGACUGAGUUUGUUGAAUGCAGAGCAUACAAGUACCCGUGAAAGUCCUGCAAAACUUUUCAAAUCUCGAAUUCUCAAAAAGCAUCUGAUGUCCACGACUUCUAAUGUACAUUAUUACAAAGGGAAUGACUAUAGACCUUCUGUUGGAAUUAUACUACAAAAAAUGGGAAAUCGAGUGGUGAAGAUAUUAGACAUCAAAGAUCACUCAGUUCAUAACGGACACCUGGACAAAGUGACAAUAAAUGAAGUAGGUCAUUCCAAUUAUAAUAUUAUUGAUUCCGCUAAUAAUCCUGAUUUUGUAGAUAAUUCAGAAAUAAGUCC